AAUUCGCUUGCUUGCUUGACCGCUCCGUCAUCUGUUCCCUAUUAGUUUGUGCUCAAACGCUCGAUAGAGCGCGCGCGUUUUCUUGUUGUUUAACUACAUAUUUUUUGUUGCGCUAUUGAAAGAGAAACAAAAAAAGCAUAGAUGCAAAAAUAAUAAAAAGCAACUUGUGACAGUGCAUAAAUACAUUGCAUACAAGCAAUAAUGGCGUAUUUAUCGCUUUGGAUACCCCUUUACCUCUUCCUUGGUGCCGCAACGCUCCUGUUUGUGUGGUGCCGCAAACGUCUCAACUAUUGGGCCGAACGGGGAAUUGUUCACGAUAAACCGUCGCUACUCUACGGCAGCCUGAGCGGUGUGGGCCGCACUCAAGCGUUACGUGAUCCCUUCUACGAUUGCUAUAAUAAAUACAAACAUGCCGCGCCUUUUGGGGGCUUCCACUUGUCGAUGCGCGUCGCUGCUAUUAUCUUCGACCUCGACCUUGUCAAGCAUGUGUUGGUUAAAGAUUUUGCAAAUUUUUCAAGUCGCGGCGCUUACUACAAUGAGAAGGAUGAUCCAAUUUCCGGGCACGUCUUCAAUUUGGACGGUGAAAAAUGGCGUUCUAUGCGUACAAAGCUUACACCGACAUUCACCUCAGCCAAGAUGAAGUUUAUGUUUCCAACAGUGGUAAAGGUGGCAAACGAGUUUGUAAACGUGCUACGCCAUGAGGCGGAAAAGGUAAAGGAGACUACUGCCGGCACGGCAGACGUGUCCGCGCAGGGCAUAGAAAUAAGGGACCUGCUGGCGCGCUUCACCACAGACGUUAUAGGCAGUUGCGCCUUUGGGCUGGAAUGUAAUAGUCUGCAUGAGCCAAACACGCAAUUCCGCGUUAUGGGCAAGAAAAUCUUUUCGACACGUAGAAAUGGACGCUUAGCAUUUGGCUUUGCUCAAGCAUAUCCAGAAUUGGCGCGCAAAAUCGGCCUAAAAUUUACGCCGGAAGAUGUCAGCGACUUCUUCCGUAAGGUCGUGCGCGACACAGCGGCGUAUAGAGAAAAGGAAGGCAUACAACGUAAUGAUUUUAUGAAUCUGCUGUUGGAUCUGAAAGACCAAGGGGAGGAUGGUUUGACUCUGGAGCAGAUAACGGCGCAAGCUUUCGUCUUCUUCAUUGCUGGCUUCGAAACAAGCUCCAGCACGAUGGGUUUUGCGCUCUAUGAACUCGCCUUGAAUCAGGAGAUGCAAACGAAGGCGCGCGAGGAGAUUCGGACUGUGCUGGCACGGCAUGAUGGGCAAUUUACGUAUGAGUGCAUGCGCGAUAUGAAGUAUCUGCAUCAGAUUUUAUGCGAAACCCUACGCAAAUACUCAGUUGCCUCGAUUACCAUGCGCAAAACUCUCAACGACUACCGCGUGCCAAACACUAAGUAUGUGAUUGAGAAGGGUGUCAUUAUUGUCAUACCCGUCGAUGCGAUUCAUCGUGAUCCCGAAAUUUAUCCAGAUCCCGAUCGUUUCGAUCCAGCGCGUUUCGAACCCGAAGCGAUUGCCAAGCGCCAUCCCAUGGCUUGGCUGCCCUUCGGCGAGGGUCCACGCAAUUGCAUUGGCCUGCGCUUCGGUAAAAUGCAAGCCAUGGUGGGCUUGGCGCUGUUGCUCAAACACUUCAAGUUUUCGUUGGCGCCUCGGACAAAAGUGCCGCUCGAAAUUAAGAAAGAAGCUUUUGUGUUGACGAGUCAAGAUGGCAUUCAUGUGCAUGUGGAACCCAUCGUCGGUGCGAAAUGAAUUAACUAAUCUUUGCAUAUUGUAUUAUUUAUAUUUUUGGUAUUUGCUAAAAUUAAAUAUCAUUCCGUGUUAGUAUUAAAAUAUUAGAUUAAAAUGUGUAUGUGUUAAGCUAAAGUAAUGUGUCGUCUUUGCUGCUUUUGAUUUCAUAUCGAUUUUGUAUGCGGUUUACGAUUAAGUCGGUCUAGCUGUAUUGCUUGCCAUCUAGUAAAAUAUGCAAAUUGCAAUCGCAUAUGCAUGAGCCAUGGAAUGAGCGUUCACAGUGUGCAACAAACAAACAAAAACUUAAUAAAUUUUAACUGAACUAAAAAGGGAAAGUUUUUUUCAAUCUGAAUGGAACUUGAAGAAGCACAAAUAGACAAAUUUUUUUUGUUUUUAAUUACGAAUUAUUUUAGUUCUCUCUGCAUAAAAGUAGUCUCAAAACACUUAGACUGCCUGAAAAUAUAAAUUGAAUGGGAAUGAGAUGGGGUCUGAUAGAGCAGAAGGAGCGCCCAAAUGUGUAAUCCAAAGAUAAGUGAGGUUCCUAAUGGUCACUUAGUUAGAAGCGGACUAUAAAGAAGCUCAGGCUAGCUGAAGGAAAGACUCUAGUGAGAUGAACAUGAAUGAAAAUGGCUUGGUGGAAAUCUUUUGGAUGUCUUAAUGCUGAACAUUGUCACUUU